GAGAAAAAGAAGGCUUAAUUUAAAUGUAUAUUUUAAUUCAUGUCCCCAUCUUAUUUUUAUUCUGAAGUAUCGAUUAAUUUAAGUAAGCCGCCAGGUGGGCCACUUGUCGUGCAGUAGAAAACAGCUGAUGUCUCAAUUAAGUGUCUUGGCCGAAACAGAAAGUCGCCAUUGUUCAUUUUCAUGGCGUGUAUAGCCACUGAUAACUCGUUUCUUACUGUGCUUUAUUGAUGGGAAUUCUCAUCUUGUGACUCCCUAUUUCUUAUCUGAUUCUCUGAGAUUAGGCUGGAUUAGGCCCUAGAUUUGAUUUCGUGUCAUUUGUGUCUACGAUUGCCUUAUUGACCGGCUCCUAAUUGUGGAUGCUAGGCAAUUUUGUGCUCUGUCAAUUUUAUAUCGACGAAUAAACCCGUGCAUCGAUUAGAAGCAAUUGAUAGGCCUACGCCCCCUCCUCUACUGUCUCAUUCUCUCGCUGAAACAUUGGUGAUCGUAGCAGGACUUUCUUGGCCUGCAAGUUUGGAGAAUUGAAAUGGCAAGAGGCAGGAAGUCAAAGGCAGCCACGGCUUCUCAAAACGACAACACGGUUGCGUCCAGACUUCGUUCUCGAACAGUACCAGCAAAUGGUGAAGACGAAUCGACACCCCCUGCUGAUCCCACUCAACAAGUCAAGAACAUUUCACGAGUUCCUCAACCUGAGGCGAUUGAACGUGAUGCCACACGUAUGCAGAUCCAGAUGACCUGUAGCUGUAUUGACAAGCUCAUCAAGGAAAGAAGAUCAAGAAGAGCCUGUCUAGGCCUACUCAACAAACUCGACGACAUGUUGGCCACUGUCGAAAGACUCAAUUUAUUGGUGGUAGACCCGUCCGACGCUGAUGAAUUCGCGAAGCAAGCUCAAAUUCAAAUCGAUCUGUUCACACUUAUCGAGUCGAAGAAAGAAGACGUUGACGCUUAUGUCACUCUAAGAGCUGAUGACGAAUCUUCAGUCGGGUCCUGCAUGCAGUCAAUCAAAGGCGUACCACUGGCGACUCACCCCUCUGCCUCGACAGUUGGAGAGUGGAUGUGCAAGAGAGCUGCAGCAUAUCAAAAUGCUUAUAGUCUGGCACCGGAGAAAAUUUUGCCGUCUGGUGAGAACAAGUUUCCUCGUGGCCCCUCUGCACCCGAAAAAAAUGAAGUGACUCAGUCGGAGAAAUUGCUUGCUGAAGCGCAGAAAAGAGCAGCGGAGGCCCAACAGGAAGCUGCCCAGCUGAAAAAACGACUCGAAGAAGUAAAUAAGAAAGCUGAUUUGGCAAAUAAGAAAGCAAGCAAACUAUCCGAUGCUGCCAUGCGACGCGGUUCAGCACCAACCAUCAUCAGCAACCCAUUCCACGGUUGGGGAGACGGAGCGUUCGACGAUUGGCACCGCCGUUCUACUCACGAACCGACCAAAGAGGAUGGAGAUGAAGAAGCACCAGACGACUGGAUCGACCGGUACUGCAACGGCCUAGAAGAAGCCAAUUGGUCAUAUUCUAGCAAAUCGGCAGCACGCGGGGAGCUUCCCAUCUACUCUGGAAGAGCAACCGAUUGGUUUUGGUGGUCGGAUUUGCUACGUUCGAUGGUUCAUGAUCAACGAAUCGCACCUGGAGAAAAGCUUGCUGUCUUGAAGAGCCGACUACGGGGAGAUCAAUUCGAAAUCGUGCAAGGCCUUGGCGGAGGAGAAUCUGCUUAUAAGGCCGCUUUAUUCCGACUGAAGCAGUCGGCUGGACGUCGCGACGUAAUGCGUAUAGCACUACUCGGUGAACUCGAUCGUAUGGAGCUGGGCAGAGAAAAUUCAUCAUUCCGUCGCUUUGCCGAAAGAGCUCGAACCAUCUUCUUUGAUUUAACCCGAAUUGGGGAGAAAUUUAAUGCCGACCUCAUCGAACGACUGAGCCGUAAAUUGCAUCCGGCGGAUCGACUCGAAUGGAAUUCCGGACGAUGUACUGGAUUGGAACGGCGCCCUCUGAAGGAAUUUGGAGAGUGGAUGUGCGAGAGAGCUGCAGCAUAUCAAAAUGCUUAUAGUCUGGCAGCGGAGCAAAUUUUGCCGUCUGGUGAGAAUAAGUUUUCUCGUCGCCAACAAUUUCCAACAACAGGGCGCACUAAUCACGUUAGCCUGGAGCCUGGCACUACAGAAAAACCGAAGAGUCGCUGCUUUUGCUGUGAGGGGGAGCACCGGUUGAUGGCUUGCCCAACAUUCAAAGAAAUGCCUACGAAAGAGAAGGUUCGAUUUUGCGUCAAGCGCCGCUUAUGCAUGAAAUGUUUCGGGACGAGACACUCCGCAGCCGAUUGCAAAUUCGGAAAAGGUUGUGGAUUCAGCGGAUGCCCUUUUAUUCAUCACCCAUUGCUUCAUGAUGCCGAAGAGAAGCACGACAAAGGUAGCAGCCAUCACACAUCACUCUCAGCCCAGGUGGAUCGCGUCAAGGUGGCGCUAGGCGUUAUCCGGAUGGAAGCUUACACAGCCGAAGGCCAGCUCAUCCCAGUUUCGGUGCUGAUAGACGAGGGCAGCGACACGACGUUGUUUCGAGAGGAUUUUCUUCAACGGCUUAAGAUCAUCGGGAAAGGUACUACUCUAGAUCUUGUAGGAGUUACCGGCGCCGAAUGCUACAAAUCGCAGAAGGCCCCAGUUCGAUUUCUUUUACCGGACGGGGAGGAAGCCGUCAUAAAAGGAACUACGAUCCUGCAGAUAUCUAGGCCGACUCCGGUAAUCGACUGGAGAAAAUUGAAAAAUCGAUGGCCACAUUUAGCUGACGUCCCAGUGCAAGAGAGUGGCGGAAAAAUCGACGUCUUGGUGGGACUCGAUCACUCAAAUCUACUUGCAGUAUUGGAAUCGCGCGUUGGAGGCGAACACGAACCUUUCGCAUCUCGCACUAGACUCGGUUGGGUCGUCCGCGGCCUGCUUGGGAGUGACAUCGGUCCGAUGACAACGGCCCACAUCCAUCAUAUCUCAGCGACUUCCGAGUUCUCGCUCGACGAAGAGUUCCAGAAAUUUUGUGCAACCGAAAAUUUCGGUACUGAAUUUAAAGGAGACGGCCUUUCAGAAUCAGACCGAAUCGCCGAGAAGAUCGUUGAUGAAGGCCUAAAGAAACUCGACAUUGGGUAUGAAACCCCACUCACGUGGCUCGAAGGAGAGCCGACAUUUGAAAAUAACAGGACGCUGGCGGAGCAUCGUUGGCAAGACCUGAAGGAACGAUUCAAGAGAGAUCCAGAUUUCGAGGCUGAUUACAGAGCCGCGAUCAAGAAAUACGUCGACGAAGGCUAUGCAUCGCGAGUAAAAGAGGAAGAUUUAUACUCGAACAACCAGUACUACUUGCCGCAUCACGGUGUCUACAAGAAAGUGUAUGGUAAAAAGAAGAAGAAGCUUCGAGUCGUCUUCGAUGCCGCUGCCAAAUGGAAGAAGAAAUGCCUCAACGACGGAAUGCGACAGGGUCGAAAAUUGCAGAACGACUUAGCCAAGGUCCUCAUUCGAUUCCAGCUGGGGGAGAUUGCCUUUGCAGCAGACGUGACCGCCAUGUACAGCAGGAUUCGACUUCGACCACAAGAUGCCCGCUUUCAUCGUUUUCUCUGGCAAGAGAAAGAUUCUGACGUCAUCAUUACGUACCAAAUGGAUCGCUUGCCAUUUGGAUCUAACUGUGCCCCAUUUCUCGCCCUAAAAACCAUCCACAGAGCCGCUUCAGAUGCCACUAGAGGGAGAGAAGAAUGUAUGGAAGCAGUAGAGAAGAAUAUGUAUAUGGAUGACCUAUUGAAAGCAGUCGACAAUGAAGAACAAGCAAUUAUGAAAGCGAAACUCAUCCGUGAUGGACUAGCAGAUGGAGAUUUUCAUCUAACAAAUUGGAUCUCGAACUCCCCGGAAUUCAUCAAAGCGUUGCAACCAGAGCAGGCAGUAGCAGCAGCACAUCAUGAUUUAGCGUCGGAUGACGUCGAAAAGCUACUGGGAGCCUUCUACGAGCCAACGACAGACGAGAUGACGUACCGAGUGACUGGAGUCGAAGAUCUUAAAUGGACGCGCGCUGGAUUGCUGAGCAAGGUGGCGAGUAUCUACGACCCCCUAGGACGAGCAGCACCAGCGCUGAUAAAAGCAAAAAUUAAAUUGCGUGAGCUAGGUACCAGAGGACUAAACUGGAACGAAGCCAUCAGCGGUGACGACAAGGAGUGGUGGCAAACCUGGUUCAAGACGCUGGAGAGACUCAACGACCUUUCGAUGCCACGAAAUUUGCAGCCAGACAAAGGAAAAAUCAUCCAGAGCGAUCUUCUAACCUUUGGAGAUGCAUCUGAAGAGGCCUAUGCAGCAGCCGUAUAUCUACGCAGUGUCUACCAGGAUGGCACAUCAAUAUGCAGAUUGGUGAUGGCCAAAACCAAAUUGGCCCCUCGGCAGACACAGUCGAUUCCAAAAUUGGAGCUGAACGCAGCAGUGCUAGGCGCUCGACUGGCCACAUACGUUGCAGACGCGCUACAAAUCUCUGGACUCAACAGGAUUUUCUUCACUGAUUCCAGUACUACCAGGAACUGGAUACGAGCCGUCGCUUCACAUUACAUGCCGUUCGUCAGCCACAGAAUCGGAGAGAUUCAAUCUCUCACCAACGCUAACGAGUGGCGCUUCAUUCCCGGGAAAAUGAACAUAGCAGAUGCUGCGACGCGGUCCCUAUUGACAGACGGAGAGCCGAUUCCACCGAGAUGGCUGGAAGGACCAUCUUUCAUCGCCUUACCAAUGGAGCAAUGGCCGAAGGAUUUGCCUUGGGUGGCAGUAGCAGCAGAGAAAAGAACUGCCCACAUCCACCACGCAAUUUCUGAGCCCCCUCUUCAAGAUUGGACAAAGGUGAUCAUCGAUUCGAAGAACAUCUCAACAUUCCUGAAGGUGGAAGGAGAUGCCAAGGAGAUUAUUUUAAAGUGCCAAAAGGAAGGAUUCCGUGAAGAAAUCAGUUUAUUGUCAAAGGGCAAGCAAAUCGCAAAGAAGUCAAGCCUCAUUCAAUUAACUCCUUUCUUAGACAAAAAUGGAAUUCUCCGACUGGGUGGACGGAUCCACCGCGCAAAGCUACCAUAUGAGAUUCUACACCCUCCAAUUCUGCCCGGAAAGCACCCACUUGCAGAAAAGAUAGUGACAGCAGUGCAUCAAGAGUCGCAUCACGCAGGCACUGACUUUCUCCAUGCCAAAAUUCGGCAACAUUUUUGGAUCCUGCAAGGACGAGAGCUGGCAAAGAAGAUCCGCUUCAACUGUGCCGUCUGUGUGAAAUCGGCGUGCCAAACUCGCCACGCAAAAGAUGGGUGAUUUGCCAUCUGCUCGUCUCGAUUCUUACACGGCACCAUUCACGCACAUAGCUCUGGAUUAUUUCGGACCGAUCGAAACGUCAGCUUACAGGAACCGAGUAAUCAAACGGUAUGGCCUGUUAAUCACCUGUCUCGUCACCCGCAAUGUUUAUGUAGAAAUGGUGCAGUCAAUGUCAACACCAGAUUUUCUCUACGGUCUACGGCGUUUCAUCGGAGAAUUCACGAAGCCAACUGAAAUCUUCUGUGACAACGGGACAAAUUUUGUGGGAGCUGAGAAGGAGCUGGCCACAGCAUUUCGUGAGUUGCAAAAGGACGAAAAGUUGAAGGAGUUUGCGCGAGAGCGCUCAAUCAUCUGGAAAUUCCAGCCACCUAGUGCUCCGCAUUUCGGCGGAUCACACGAAUCAAUGGUCAAAUCAACAAAGAGGGCGCUCUACCGGGCGCUGGAUACGGAAAAAGCCGGAUUGCGCUACCCGACGGACGAAAUGCUCAGAACGCUACUGAAGGAAGUGGCGGGCAUGCUGAACGGGAGACUUCUGACGCUGGCCAGCAACGACCCAGAAGACUUCAGACCGAUCACACCAAAGGAUUUCUUGAAUCUGCCACCAACGUCGGAUCUUCCGGCCGGAGACAUCCGUCGCGCUCUGCCCCGCGACCAUAUUCGUUACGUGAAGAAGAUGGCCAAUUUAUUUUGGGACCUGUGGACCAAGAUUUUCCUCCCGACGCUGGUUCCAAGAAGGAAGUGGGUCGCGGAAGAAAGAAAUUUUGAAGUUGGAGAUUCGAUCAUGCUAUCGGACAACAAUUUGCUGCCAAAUCAGUGGAAGACGGGCCGAAUCAUCGAAGUUUAUCCCGGUUCCGACGGCUUUGUUCGAGUCGUAAAAGUGAAAACGGACUGCGGAGAAUAUUUGAGACCAAUCCAUCGUCUAGUUCUACUGGAACCUUACUCGGCCGUCCUUCCGUCGGCCUCGGGGGAGAAUGUUCCAGAGAAAAAGAAGGCUUAAUUUAAAUGUAUAUUUUAAUUCAUGUCCCCAUCUUAUUUUUAUUCUGAAGUAUCGAUUAAUUUAAGUAAGCCGCCAGGUGGGCCACUUGUCGUGCAGUAGAAAACAGCUGAUGUCUCAAUUAAGUGUCUUGGCCGAAACAGAAAGUCGCCAUUGUUCAUUUUCAUGGCGUGUAUAGCCACUGAUAACUCGUUUCUUACUGUGCUUUAUUGAUGGGAAUUCUCAUCUUGUGACUCCCUAUUUCUUAUCUGAUUCUCUGAGAUUAGGCUGGAUUAGGCCCUAGAUUUGAUUUCGUGUCAUUUGUGUCUACGAUUGCCUUAUUGACCGGCUCCUAAUUGUGGAUGCUAGGUGAGAGCUAGGUUUUAUUUCAAUUGUAGUCUGUGUUUGCUAAUUCUGUCUUA